AUGGCGUCCUCAGAAGUCCAAAAAGUGCCCGUUUACUCGGUCAAUGACAUAAAAUCAACAACCGAUGACGCCCUAGCUCCCUACCUCGGCUCCCUCCCUCAACCCUACACCUUCGCCCAAGACCACACCAAGACCAAUGUCCACCUAUUCCUGGGCUACGCUGCCGUCGCCAUUGCCGGGUUCAGCUUCUACGCUGAACGCAAGCUUAACUGGGAGGCGACACAUUCACCAUGGAUUAUCGCAGCCGUGCUGUCUUACUUUACCUUGAACUCGCUUCUCACGUACUGGGUUUGGGCUGUUGAGGCAGGUGAGGUAUUCCGUGGGAAGCGGAAGUCGGGUGAAACGAUCAUCAUUCGUUCCUCCGUGCAGAAGCACUCUCCGUUGUACAAGCUGCGGGUCCAGUAUAAGUCGGCGCAGGGCAAGACGCUGCAGGAGAAGGAGAUCGAGACCUCGUUCACUAAGUGGUUUGCUGCAGAUGGGACAUUCCACCCCGAGCCUUUGAGGGCCUGGCUGGCUGGUGAGAUUGAGGUUCUGGGGUUGGCGGCCAAGGAGACGGAGAAGAAGACCGGGGGUGUUGCGAGUUUAGUAGGUGUUGAGGAGGAGAGCAAGGACGUUAAGAGGAGGAAGUGA